GGGGCGAGGAGACGCGGAAGGAAGGAGGCGGGACGUUGUUAAAAACAAAAAAACAAAAAAACCAUCCUCAACUCGGGAAGCGACAGUGGAAGGGUCCACUCCUCCCAGAAGGCGGUGCUGCCUGCCUGAACGAACCACGCGGAGGGUUGUGGGGCGGAUAGCUCCCCUCCUGAUGGAGACUCAUAGAGUCCGGUGGGCGGGGGACUCCAUAUCCCAGCAUGCCCCGCGGCGGGCCCGACCGGCCGCGACUUGGGGCUUGGCCCCGGCCCUAGCUCGUCGGCGGUGUAUUGGGGCGCGUGGAGGCUGCAGUCACGGUGGCGCCUGCGGGGACGGAGGAGGGAAUGAGUGAAGAGGAGCAGGGCUCCGGCACUACCACGGGCUGCGGGCUGCCCAGUAUAGAGCAAAUGCUGGCAGCCAACCCGGGCAAGACCCCGAUCAGCCUUCUGCAGGAGUAUGGGACCAGAAUAGGGAAGACGCCCGUGUACGACCUUCUCAAAGCCGAGGGCCAAGCCCACCAGCCUAAUUUCACCUUUCGGGUCACCGUUGGCGACACCAGCUGCACUGGUCAGGGCCCCAGCAAGAAAGCAGCCAAGCACAAGGCAGCUGAGGUGGCCCUCAAACACCUCAAAGGGGGGAGCAUGCUGGAGCCAGCCCUGGAGGACAGCAGUUCUUUUUCUCCCCUAGACUCUUCACUGCCUGAGGACGUGCCGGUUUUUACAGCUUCAGCGGCUGCUACUCCCGUUCCAUCUGCUGUCCCAACCAGGAGCUCCCCCAUGGAGGUGCAGCCCCCAGUCUCUCCUCAGCAGUCUGAGUGCAACCCGGUCGGUGCUCUGCAGGAGCUGGUGGUGCAGAAAGGCUGGCGGUUGCCUGAGUACACGGUGACCCAGGAGUCUGGGCCAGCCCACCGCAAAGAGUUUACUAUGACCUGCCGAGUGGAGCGUUUCAUUGAGAUUGGCAGUGGCACUUCCAAAAAGCUGGCAAAGCGUAACGCAGCGGCCAAAAUGCUGCUUCGAGUGCACACAGUGCCUCUGGAUGCCCGGGACGGGAACGAGGCAGAGCCCGAAGACGAUCACUUUUCCAUUGGUGUGGGCUCCCGCCUAGAUGGACUUCGGAACCGGGGCCCAGGCUGCACCUGGGAUUCUCUGCGGAAUUCGGUGGGAGAGAAGAUCCUGUCCCUCCGCAGCUGCUCGCUGGGCUCUUUGGGCGCUCUGGGCCCUGCCUGCUGCGGUGUCCUCAGUGAGCUAUCUGAGGAGCAGGCCUUCCAUGUCAGCUACCUGGAUAUUGAGGAGUUGAGCCUGAGCGGGCUCCGCCAGUGCCUGGUGGAGCUGUCCACACAGCCGGCCACUGUGUGCCAUGGCUCUGCCGCUACCAGGGAGGCCGCCCGUGGCGAGGCUGCGCGCCGUGCCCUGCAGUACCUCAAGAUCAUGGCGGGCAGCAAGUGAAGCUCCGGCGGGACUCAUGAACUACAGCCUCCGCUCCCUGCUCUUCCUGCCCCCGGCCUGUGCGCCCGCCCAGCGCUGGUACCCCCUGGAGGUGCCACCUCUACCUCUGACACAGACUGCAGGCUGAGGGGGGCACAGGGCCAGGAGCCAGGGACCACAGGGCCUCAGCUGGCCCCAGUUCUGCCGUCAUGUAACUGGUGAUGACCAAGGGGAAUGAAAUUGGGGGCUCUCCUAUUAGAGCCCCAAAUAAAUGUGCUGCUUUUUGGAUUCUUCA